AUGGCUGUGACGGACCAGCCUGCGGGCUUGAUGGACAUCGCAAGCUCCCUCACUCAGGAUGAGAUUCCAUUCAAGCUGAGAUGCGCAAGCUGCAACAAACUUGCCGUUAAUGCGUUCCGCUUGCCCUGCUGCGAUCAGGCCAUAUGCCAGAUAUCGCUUCCCGAAACCUGCCCCGUGUGCGCACAUACUCCCAUCUCCCCCGACUUAUGCAAGCCAAACAAGGCUUUACGAACGACCCUCAAGGCUUUUCUUCGCACGGAAGAAAAGAAACGCGAAAAGGAGCGACAAUCUGCUACGCCUGCGAUCUCGAAUGGCGUGACGCCUGCAGAUGUGACUCUGGCUCAGUCGGAGACACCAGUCGCGUCCGAAGCCCCUGCAAGCAACACAGUGGCGGAGAUACCCGAGGGCAAACUCCACAGUAGUGAUGUUGCAGGGGACGAAUCAUCUACUGUUGUGACCGGUGCAGAACCGUCGGACACCGUUGCUGAGAACGUGACAGAUACAAAUCAAGCAGCAGUACCCAUGCCGUCUAUUGAAAACGACCAAGCAGAAAAUGGCCCGGCCGAGGCAGGUCACGCAGAUGAGGCUACCGAGGAAAACAAACCUGCCGAAGGACAUGCGACGGAAGAGCCCCAGAUCCCCCAACCCGCGGAUGAAGGGAUGCCUCAGGCACAAGGCCCGACACCGAUGUUCCCCAAUGCCAUGGGAUUCAACAUGGGACCCAGCGCGUUUCCAAAUAUGGCUUGGAACAACGCCAGCGGCGAUUUCAAUCCCAUGGCCCAGUUUAUGGCUAACGGCAUGUUCAACUUCCCCAACCCAAUGGCAAUGUCUGGUAUGGGAAUGGACCCAAUGGCCGCGAAUCAGGGUAUGCUUGGAGGCUACGGGAUGAACAUGAAUGGCAUGAACAGUGGCAUGAAUAUGGGAAUGAAUUUCGACGCUAGUCAAGGGAUGUAUGGGGGAUGGGACGGCUCUCAAAACAAUAUGUGGAAUGGAGGCCAAGAUAAAUUCAAUCCAAAUGCUUUCGCAAAUGGUAUGGGCCCGCAGUAUGAGGGCCCUUCUGGAUUUGGCGGAUAUAAUAUGUCUCAACCCAACGGAGUUCAUGCUCAAAUGCAGCAACAACAGUUCCCUAGCCAAGAUUUUCAGAACGGGUACUAUGGCCCCGGUUAUGGCAGAAGCAAUUUCCGAGGCCGCGGCCGUGGGUUUGUUCCUGGCGGCCGUGGUCGUGGCGGCUUUGUUGGGCAUAUGCAGGCUAAUUAUCCCUCUAAUACUAACUACGCAGCGUUCCAGACCCCUAAUUCUUCUGACUUUGAUCAAGACACGACAGGCCAAUCGCAGGAAGGUGGCCCCGCUGGAACUGGAAUAUCGCAGGACGAUUCCAGCGCCACGGAAAGGCGGUCAGAUGAGGCCCAGAGUGCGUCCGGCGAUGGACAAGUUAAAGCUGACCAGGCGCCAUCAAACGAGGCAGUUUCUUCUCAGGAAGCUUCUGAGGAUGCUGCAGCACAGGCUACAUCCGCAGACAGACCCACUGCCGAUGGAAAUACUGGGGAAGAGGAACCCCAGUUGCGAGGGAUCCCUACUAUCGACAGUCUCGAUCAGUCCAACCAUUAUCAAAUGAUGCCUAAUGCUUCGAUGGGCAUGCCUGGCCACUUUGGAAUGGGCUAUGGACGAGGCUAUAUGCGCGGACAAUUUCCAGGAGGCCGUGGAGGUGGGUUUGGGGGCGCCCCUUUUAUGGGCGGACCAAAUAUGCAGCAGGAACCGCGGGGUCAGGGGGUCGAAGGAGCCCCUGCCGCUCCCAGAGCAAUGCUGCAACCCCAACAACGCCCCAUGAAGAUGCACGGACACGGACCAGAUCGAAAUCAAGAUCAAGAUCAAGAGCCAAGUCGCCCUCUAGGCCGACGAGCCGAUCGCGAUCUCCCGGUCCGUCCGAUGUGGAUGGCCGCCGCUCGGUCCGCCAGCGCUCACCAACGGUUGAUAAGGACGCCGACGAUCGCGAACGUAGGCGUGAUGCGCCCAGAAAAUCCCGUCGAGAAGACAAAUACGACGAGCACUCCGCGGCCGAGGAUGACCGCCGCUCUCGUUCUCCGUCUGUUGAUUCUAAACGAUCGUCUCACCGGCGGGAUAGAGAACGGGAGGACAGAAAUGCACGUCGGUCGCAUCGACCCCAUCGCCGGAGUCGCAGCCGAAGCCGGAGUCGGAGCCGCAACGGAGAUUCACAUGAUGUCGAUCAGGAGCCUGCCUCCCGCUCGGAGAGCAGAGCAUCUAUCUCACGGAAGGACCGCUCCAGUCGCCGCGAAGAGGAACGUGACCGAGACAGGGACCGGGACCGAGACCGAGACCGAGACCGAGACUCCAGACGGCGGGACCGUGACCAUGAUCGUGAUAGAGAUCGUGAUCGCGAUCGUGACAGAGAAAGAGAACGAGAACGUAACCGCGACCGAGACCGCGACCGGGAUCGCGAUCGAUACCGUGAACGCGAAAAAGACCGCGAUCGCCACCGGGACCGAGACCGUGAGCGGGACAGGGAUCGGAAACGCUCUCGGCGCGACCGAACUCAGUCCCCUGCUGACACGAGACCGCGAGGAUGGCGGCGACAGAGACAAAGACAGCGCCAGAGAUAAAGUGUCAACCAAGACCUCCGAGCCCGAGAAGGAUCCCCAUACGCUAGAGCGUGAGGCCCGUAACCGCGAACGAAUGCUCAAGGAGCAGCAGCGGCGGGAAGCAAUGAACGCAGAGAGUAAAUCCAGUCGCAGGCGCGAUAACCGGCAGGAGCGGAUCCUGACCGGAGGGCGUCGGCUCAGCUACAAAUAUGAAGACGAGGAGCCAGAUUCGGCGCAUGCUGCACGUGUGGAACGAGAGCGAGAGGCGAGUCGAUGGGCGUGA